AUGGGGGUCGCACUGCCGCGGCAGAUACCGCGGCGCUGGCUGCACAGCGCAAUUCCUCUUGCUGUCUUCGCGCUACUGCUUGUUUAUCUCUGGGCUCGGAACCUUCGCUGCGGAUCUGGGACGCAGUCCUGCAUGGCGGAGGGGCCGCCGCCUUUCCAGGUCCAGCAACAGUCGGGACCCCUGGAGGGCCCCGAAUGGGAAGAGCCUCAGUGUCUGGGCCCCCAGGGGAUGCUGGGCCGUAUGAUGAGGCCGUUCCGCGCCAGUCUGAACCCGGAAGGGGACGUGGAAUUGUCACUGUACCUGGCAGGAUGGAGGGAGUUAGUCAGGUUCCUAACUCCCCUCGGCUCCAUCUUCGCCUUCGCCACAAGCGAGGCCUCCGCCAAAGUGACAGACCUCGAAGCCUUGGUGCACGGCCCAGAGGCCGCGCACUACACGUCCCUGGGGACGAUGGUGGCGUGGGAGCGGCCCGAGAUGGCCCCACCGCCCUCGGCCGAGGCUUCGGGCUCGGUAACCAUGCUCUUGCUGCACCGUGCGCUACGCUGGUCCCAGCUCUGCCUCCACCGGGUGGCGACCGGGAUGCUCGGAGGCCCGGACGCCGGCGUUCAGUGCAGCGACGCUUAUGGUACAGCUCUGGCCCCUCAUCACUCCUGGUUCGUCCGUCAGGCUGCCCACCUCGCAUUCCUCGCUUUCCCGGGUCGCGGCCGCUUACUCGAGCUGAUGUGUCCCGGAGCCAGAGAGACGGAGGCGAGGGCCGCGCUGGCCCGGGCCGCGAGCACCCUGAAGGACGUCUACAACCGUACCCAGGGAUUAUUGGCCGAGCGCGGCUUGCUCGAGCUGGCCUGA